AUGGGCGGUAACAGUGUACUUGGCCACGAGCCGGACUUUGGCGGGCAGAAGAACCUUCUGUUGGCGCGUCGCCGACUGAAGGUCUGCGACGAGGGAGGCCUAUCGACGGGUGGCUGUCUCGAGUGCAAAGCCGUUGCCGAAGGCUGGGAGUGUCCCACUGCGGGCCCAUGCCAGGCACGCUGUGGUGAUGGGCUGGUGUUCCCCAGCGUGGAGGAGUGUGAUGACGGUGGCCUCCUCUUGGGCUGCACAUCUGCCUGCAAGCUAGCGGAAUGCCAAAGAGUUGAGGCGGCAGCCCGACCGCUUGGAGAGGAAGACAUGGAGAUGGAGACGUUGUGGAUGGAAGCCUACCGCAUGCCUUCCCCGCCAUCCUCCGAUCUGCUCGCCAUGCAAGGCUACAAGCUGUGCUUCAACUUCUCCGGUCCCGACAGUUCCGUCCCCAGAAGUGCCUUUGCAGGCUGUGCUGGAGCAAGUCGCCUCACCUUCGUUGUUGCCGGACGCAAUGGCAGUGAUGCCGACAUGCCAGAAGUUUAUUGGGACCGCAUUGAUGUGGACUUUGGCUCCGAAGUCUUCGAUGCAGAGCCAGGAACAGUGCGCAGUUCUGGGCCUCAUCAGCUUCGUGUGCGCCAGCAUGGAGAUGGCGAACUCGGUGACCACGAGCUCAUUUUGAGCUGCCGAGUUGGGUUUGAGGUUUGGGAUGCUUGCGUCUUGUGGGCUGUUCGGGAGGGUAGCCCAGGUUCAGCCAGGACCAGGCAUGGUGAAAGCACAGGAGCAGAAGCCAGGUUUUUGAUUUAUACGGCGCCCGAGAGUGCAGAUUGGAGAUGUGACCAGCGCAGUGUUCCUCACUGCGGCGACGGCCACUUGACUGGGCAGGAGGAGUGCGAUGACGGGAACAAAGAUGACGCCGAUGGGUGCUCCGAGAGAUGUACCGUCGAAUCUGGCUUCCUCUGCCCGUUGCCUGGGCUGCCUUGCUAUAAGGCAGUUUGCGGCGAUGGCGUCGCAGGACCGAGGCAUGCUUGGCAUAAGGCAGCAUCAUGA